GCCCUAUUAAAGAUCACCGUUUCUAUCAGAGCACACAAACAUCUCAUGGAUCCUCCGUCCACCGACCUUCCGAAACCCCCAGUGCCCUAUGUCGAGGGUUGGGUAUUCAGUGUCCAAUCACACAUUCCUCCCCCCCCGACACCUGUGACUAAAGAUUGUUGCCGUAACUUUCAAGCUGGUAGGGUGGAAAGAAGGCAGCUUCUCCCAGUCGAACGAUGCCUGCGACAUCCUCCAUUGCCAGGAAACAUGGAACCACGCACUGUCGACUUGAAGGUUCUUGAUUUAUUGCAGGUGGGAGACGCCUGCAAUGCUCAGGUCUUUACUGUGCAGAUUCUCGAAGUUAGACCUGAUCCUCAAUAUUUUCAAUCAAAUAGAAAAUUGGUUGCCAAAAUAUACGACCCUCUUUAUUUCAGUGAUGAGGAGGGAUUUCUUAAUCCUUUUCAUUGCGUGGACAAGCAUUAUACCCAUGAGGCUCAUGCUUACAAUGUCCUAUCCAAGUCACAUGGAGGCCGAGUACCCAGGUUUUAUGGAUCUUAUUCGUUGAAUAUUCCUGUUGACAGAUCUGAAAUGCGCACCGUUCGACUUAUUCUGAUGGAAUAUAUACCAGGGAUAUCAAUGCAACAAGCCAAUCCAGAAAAAUUUUCUCGCCUUGCUCGCCAAGAGAUCAUGAAAUCAGUGAUCAACUUCGAAAGUCAGCUGUAUGAGCAAGAUAUCUUGCUCACAGAUCUAAGCCCUAGAAAUGUCAUAAUGAUGGAGAAGCCCAGCUUUGACCCGAGACAAGACCUUCUUUUCCUUGACUUUGCUGGUGCUCUUUUUGGGCGCAGAAGGGAUGAUCCAGUUACUAUUGAAUCAAACCUAUUCCUCGGUCGGUAUAUUUCACCUCUUUUACGGUGGAAUAAGACUAUGGCAAUGCAAUUUAAUGACUGGAUUGAUUGGGAUUGGCAGCCCUGGAUUGAAGCUGAGUAUGCUCACACGGCUGCAACAAUUACACCGGAAAUGCAGGACACAUACUGUUGAUGACAAUUGCUACUGUUUGCUCGCUCUGCAUUUUCUUUAUUCUGUAUGGUGGUCACAUUCUAACACACUUUAGCAAGUCUCAUGUGGGAGGCCAUAUCUUUUCUUUUCAACAAAGGUUUGAGGUUUUUUUCGUACAAAUCCAUCACUUUGUUUUGUCUCACCAAAUAUGAAUUCAUCAUUGUAUAAUGAACUUAGCAUUGUGCCAACACAGUUUGGAAGAAAAAUAACACAACUUCCCGGAGGAUGGGUAUGGAGCAGUGGAGAAUAAUUUCCUUGCACACUCUAGAAAUCUAGCUAGAAAUCCAUUUGAGAAUCUGAAUGUAAGCUU